AUGAGAUUUAUCACAUUUUUUAUUCUCGUCAAUCAAUAUAUUGUCAUUACACACGCUGGCAACUGUUUUAAUCAUCGUAUUAAUGAUAUGUGUUAUGAUCUAAGUGAAGCAGAUGUUAGCGAAGAUCAAUGUUCAGGUUCUUAUUAUUCCGAUGAUAUACGACAAGAACUCGACGGAUACGCCUACGCAGAGAAAUGUAGAGAAGUCAAUAACGUCCCCAAACGAUGUGAUGUUGAUUGUGGUCUUGGUCAAGAGUGCCAAUGGAUCAAUGACGAAGAAAUGUGUGUGUGCAGUGCAGAAUCGUGUACGGCGACAGAUUCGACAUCAUCGAAGAAACAUAAUCAACCAUUAUGUGCAUCGAAUAAUGUCACGUUCAGCUCUGAGUGUGCAAUGGAAGCAUGGAAAUGUAUGAAUCAUCAAUCGGCACUCUACAAAAAGUACGAUGGCGAAUGUCAAAAGGAUUGUCGAAAUGUGAAGUGUCCACAUGAAACUAUUUGUUUGUUAGUUCGAAAUACGGGUGAACCAUUUUGUUAUCCUAAGAAACAUUGUAAUCCAUCUGCGGAUCCUGAGCCAGUGUGCGGUACAAAUGGUGUAACCUACCGGAAUAUUUGUGCUAUGCGUUUGAGUCCAGAUGAACAAGGGCGAACUCCCGAAUUAGCGCAUAAAGGUCGUUGUGAAACAAAAUGCCGUCCAAAUCUUUGUCAACCUAGUGAACGCUGUGUCUAUUCUCGACAAGCUCAACCGGUUUGCAUACGUUGUCAGUACUCUCCGCGAUUUCUAGCCCAUAGUGGAGAAUGCAGCAUGGACGUUCGAACUUGUGGUGAUGACGGGCAUUUAUAUAAAAACUACUGUGCUCUAUUACGUGGACAAUGUGAAAAAAAUCGUUAUAUUCACAUCGUUGAUUACGAUACCUGUCCAGUCAAAAUGAACACGAUGCAAUGA